AUGACUCGGUUGGCUAAGAUCAAUGUUCGAGUUUUCAAUGAGUUCAAUGAGAUGCAGACUAGAAGCUCUAUGCAAACAAGACCUCGAUGUCUGCGAUUGGAAAUUCCCCAUGAACCUAAGUAUGCAGUAAAGAACAAUGCCAAAGACCACCCAAGCAGUUCAAAGCGCCGAGCCAAUGACACAAUAGUCUCGGAAUUCGGAGUUAAGCAUCUGGGUAUUUCAGCGACAGAUCAGAACGACCUAUGGCUCGAAACUUCCCUGCUGUUGAUCACAUCCGAAGAUGCCCAGCAAACCAAAGCCCGCCGAAUCGCGCAAGCGUCGAGCCCAUCUCAAAUCAAGAAGAGGCUGCCGCAACUGUAA